UCCCAGCAAGUACUGUGUGUCACUGUUAACCUCACUUUCAACGAGCUGAUAGAGUCUUAUUGAAGGUUUGUGGCAUUCGUUUUCCAGACAGGGUUAGCUCCCAACAAUGACGACAGAGAGACAACCGGCCAAUAGUCACGAAUUGAAAGAAUUUGACAAUGUGAAGGAAUCAAUCACUGACAUCAUUAACCAGCUCCAAGACAUUGAUCCAAGCCGUCUCUCCUUCUCUCCAUUUUUGGACCUGGACACCCAGAUUACCCUAGCACCUAUCUCAGAUAGCCCUGAAUCAUCUGUGGAAGAACUUCACUCCCUGUCUGAUGAAAAUAUUGGGCACUUAACUGAACCUCUUACAAAAACGAAAAGGCUGCAGUACGGUGAAGUCCAACAGAAGGUGACGAACCAUCAGAUCAUGCAGAAUGACGGGGGUUUGAAUAGGAUUAACGUAGAGCUGCUCAAAAAUCACAGCCUUCCAUGCCCAGAAAUCAAGAACAAGGAAGCAGACAACGUGUCUCUUGUCAUCACCAGGGAAACCUCUUUUCUAACCGAUGAGAAAGUAUCUUUGUCGGAGCCGUCGUCGCCCAGCGAAGCAAGAACCUUUCCUCCCCAGAAUUUCAUUGCCAAGGUGGCAGAAGAGAAUUUAGGAACGCUGGAGAAGUCACGUAAGUUCACCAGCCGGGUUUCAGAGGUGCAGCCAUUGCUAGGUACAUCACCCGACACCGAGACCAUUGACCUGAUUUCAAGUGACUCUGAGCGCAACGCGUCAACUGAGUCCUCACACAAGGAGGUGACUGCAGGGGCCAAAGGAAACAAGAAAUGCUGCCCUUGCUGUCAGUACUGUUCCACUUCUCACCUUAAAGCGAUAUCAUCCGUCUUUGUUGCUCUGAUUUUUAUACCUUGGAUCCUCUAUGGCCUUUACUUGUUCGUGCCUUUCGAUCCACCGCCCUGCCCAGAUCUAACUAGUCGAAUGACAUUUACACUGCGUUGCAAUGUAAUCGCGAUCGCACCAGUUUUAUUUGGUGUUGUAAUAGGGUCCCUGUCCCGGCUUUGUUCUACGGCAAUUGAUCCCUUAGACACCAAUGUUCGCGCUGUUCUUAUCCAUCAGAGAUAUGUUGGCAACUCCAUUGAACAGUUUACACUCUACUUUAUCAACAUGGCUGUAAUGGCAACUUAUCUUCACCAGGAGCACCUGAAGAUCAUUCCCAUAUUAGCAGGACUCUUUGCAGUGGCAAGACUGAUAUAUUGGAUUACAGCUGGAUUAAGCAGUGCCUAUCGCGGAUUUGGAUUUGGGCUGACGUUUUUCCCGACCUUGGCGAUGGUAGCCUACAAUUUAUACUGCAUAUCAAUCUUCCUUUACCAUGAAAAUCUGGGCACAGGGCUGAAAAACAUGGCACUGAGAGCUGUCAAGUCUGGAAAGAGAUGUGUAGGGAAACUAAGAAGUGGUGAUUACACGAUGCCAAACUUGAGUUUAUAAACCUGAAGAUCGGAGAAGGAUACUCUGUGGAGUCAUAAAGAGUUGACAGUGUCGUAUUUCCAGAAAACAACAGAUUACAGUAUGUGUCCGUGUAUUGAGUCUUGAUUUGAACACUAAGGAGAAAGAGGUAUUUGUUAAAUCAUUGAUCAUUCAUGAAUAUUGUGAAUAAUUUCAUUGAAGACCGUAACAUAAGAUAUGCUGAUUACCCUUUUCUCCUGGAUAAUUUGUGCACAAUAGUGAAUUGUGUUUUAUUUUAAUAUUGACCUAGCUGUAACUUAAAAGAAGUACAUUUAAGAAUUGAAUAUUAGUCAUUUUUAUAUGAAGUGUUUAGAUAUGUUUAUCUGCAUAGGAGUUUGAUCCAUCCAUAAAACUUGUUGGUGAACUAGUUAUGUAUUUUAUCUAAUACAGUGAAGACUGAAAAUAUCUAAUAAAGCUACUGCAUUGUGAACAGUGCUUUGCACAGC